UGCAGCUGGGGCGGUGAGAGGCAGGCUUUGUGGAGCGGUGGGAGCGGGAGCACGUUACAGGCAAACAAAGGACCGGGGUGAGCUGGUGGGGCAAGGCAAGGCAAGGCAGGCAGGCGGGAGGGGAUAAGAAGACAAGAGGAGCGAGGCAGCAGCCAGGGGCCCCUGCAAGAGCCAGCCCUCCCUCUGCCAGCUCCGCGGCUCGUCUCGCCGGCGCCCAGGUUCUCCACCCUGCCCGCCCGCGCUCUCUCUUUCUACUCGGCCCCGCAGCAUCGCCCCCCAAGCCGGAGCCAGCAUGACUGCAAACGGCACGUCGGAGUCGGUGCAGAUCCAGUUCGGGCUGAUCAACUGCGGCAACAAGUACCUGACGGCGGAGGCCUUCGGGUUCAAGGUGAACGCCUCGGCCACCAGCCUGAAGAAGAAGCAGAUCUGGACGCUGGAGCAGCCGGCGGACGAGGCGAGCGGCGGGGGCCACGCCGUGUGCCUCAAGAGCCACCUGGGCCGCUACCUGGCGGCCGACAAGGACGGCAACGUGAGCUGCGACAGCGAGACGCCCGGCGCUGACUGCCGCUUCUUGAUCGUGGCCCACGACGACGGGCGCUGGUCACUGCAGUCCGAGCCUCACCGGCGCUACUUCGGGGGCACCGAGGACCGGCUGUCGUGCUUCGCGCAGACCAUCUCGCCCGCCGAGAAGUGGAGCGUGCACAUCGCCAUGCACCCGCAGGUGAACAUCUACAGCCUGACCCGCAAGCGCUACGCGCACCUGAGCGCCCGCCAGGACGAGAUCGCCGUGGACCGCGACGUGCCCUGGGGCGUGGACUCGCUCAUCACCCUGGUCUUCCAGGACCAGCGCUACAGCGUGCAGACGGCCGACCACCGCUUCCUGCGCAACGACGGGCGCCUGGUGGAGAAGCCCGAGCCGGGCACCGGCUACACCCUGGAGUUCAGGUCGGGCAAGGUGGCCUUCCGGGAUUGCGAGGGCCGCUACCUGGCGCCGUCGGGCCCCAGCGGCACGCUCAAGGCGGGCAAGAGCACCAAGGUGGGAAAGGACGAGCUAUUCGUGCUGGAGCAGAGCUGUCCCCAGGUGGUGCUGCAGGCGGGUAACCAGAGGAACGUGUCCACCCGCCAGGGAAUGGACCUCUCUGCCAAUCAGGAUGAAGAGAGUGACCAAGAAACUUUCCAACUAGAGAUCAAUAGGGACACUAAGAAGUGUGCUUUCCGGACCCACACUGGCAAGUACUGGACCCUAACAUCAAAUGGUGGAAUACAGUCUACUGCUUCAACCAAGAAUGCCAGCUGCUACUUUGACAUAGAAUGGUGUGACAAGCGGAUCACUCUCAAGGCUGCCAAUGGGAAAUAUGUCACCGCAAAGAAAAAUGGACAGCUGGCGGCCUCUGUGGAAGCAGCAGGAGAAACUGAGUAUUUCUUGAUGAAACUGAUCAAUCGACCCAUCAUCGUCUUCCGUGGGGAACAUGGCUUCAUUGGAUGCCGGAAGGUGACUGGGACCCUGGAUUCCAAUCGAUCCUCGUACGAUGUGUUCCAACUGGAAUUUAACGAUGGUGCCUACAAUAUCAAAGACUCUACUGGGAAGUACUGGAUGGUGGGAAAUGAGUCAUCUGUCACCAGCAGCAGCAAUACUCCAGUGGACUUCUUUUUCGAGUUCUGCGACUAUAACAAAGUGGCCAUCAAAACCAAUGGCCGGUAUCUGAAGGGCGAUCAUGCUGGGGUGCUGAAAGCUUCCACAGAGGCCAUCGACCCUUCUACACUCUGGGAGUACUAAAUGCACUUUAGUGUUGGGUUUUCCCACCUCCCACCCAACCCCCACCCACCCCAACCCAGUUCCCAGAUCCUGCCCUGAUGAUAGUUUUCAUUUCCGCCUUUUUCUUUUCAUCCAUCUUGCCUCUCUCUGCUCCUUACCCUGCCCCCACCUCAAUCUGUGGAAGGAUUUCAGGAUGGCUUGCUAUAUUCCUACCUUUUUUUUUUUUUUAAAUCUCUCUUGCCUUCUCUGUUUUCAGGGGUUUGUUUUGCGUGUUGAUGGUGUGGGGAUGUGGGAAGAAGUCUUUUGCCUUUCAAACUGGAAAACCCAGAGAAAAUGGUGCAUCAUCUCAUGCCUUUGUAGUUUGCUUGGUUUGGGACGUUCUCCUUGCCCGCCAUUUUGGGGGCAAGGCAGGAAGUGUCAUCAGCCUAAUCCCAUUCAAGCAAACACAAGGAAAAUUUUUAAGAAUCAUCUCCACCCUCUCUUCUGUGCCAUAGUAUGGUGCUGGUACCUUUUUCUUUUCUUUUCUUUUCUUUUUUUUUUUUUUAAUUCUGACCUCUGGUGACUCUGUGCUGCUGUUGAACCCUACUGCCUGCCUGCUUUGACUCUGGCAAAUGGUGCUAUGAGUAGGCUUUCAGGGCUAGUGGGACCAGCGUUAUCUUUAACCAUGGGUUAGGAUGGAAGAAGCACUGAAUUCUGGGCCCAGGCAUGAGGCAACCAGCCUCCUCAGAGCAACAGCCUGAAUGAACUUUGCUAGCUGCCUCCCUGGAGGAAUCACUAGUGUGGUGGCCUGACUACUAAAAUGAGAAGUCAAGAGAGAGUGUGACCAGCUUAUUUCCCGGACUGGUCCACUGAUUUGUAGGUGGUACAACUAGAAGUUAGCUUAUAGCCUUUAGACCCAAGGAAACCUCCUGUGAGACCAUGGUGGUAUUGCUAGCAUCUUCUCUGCCCUAGAUUACCACCUUCCUUCCCCCCUCGUAAGGAAAAGAUAAAUAAACCAAGUGUUCUAGGAAUGACUUUCCUGCCAACUUUUACCAGAUGCUUCCCUAAAAGCCGGGCUCCCCCAGUGGCUAAGAGAGCAUCCCAUAUUGAGCAUGUGUGACCCGAUUGGAUUAACUGGGCACUCUUGGUCAUAUCCAGAGCCCUUUUCUGUCCGUGGGAAGGUGACAUCUACCUCUGUGGUGGCACUAGACCCCCCCCCCCGGGUGCCUUCCAAUUUUUCAGCCAGGUAAUCUCCCUACCCGUCCACACCCUCAACCCCUUAGGAGAAGGAAUACUAUUGCCUUCAAGCAUGGCUGGGCAGGGAUAGGACACCCCGGCUUAGGGGUUGCUAAGCUUUAAACUUGGGGAUAGAAGCCUAGCCAUAUGUUAAAUUUUCUGCUGGCUAGUACCCAAACCCUUGGAGCUGCUACAGGUGCUUUAGAAGUAGUGGGCUGGAUACAAUACCCUUUGGUUGAAAAGAGCCAAGCUGACUUGCUUUUUAGUUUCCCUUCUCUCACUUUCCAUGAAUAAUGGUUGGAAUUGCAAAAAAGAAGGUAAAAUAUCCAUUCGUAGACCUUGCUUGGCAAACUUUGCACAGUGGUGGUGGUUCGGUCUUUUUUUUGUGUGUUGCUUUUUUUUUUCCCUCCCUCCUUAUAUAAUCUACUGGAAACCUCUAACCUAACUGCACAUUUUUUGUUUUAACUGCUAGAUGCCCAUCCCCAAUUGUAGCUGCUCCGUUGCCCUGUGGCUGGAAUGCUCUUUGGGAUUCACUCAACCCUUAUUUUCCCAGUCCCCUCCCCCUUCCCCCUUUUCCAGGGGCUCUCCCUUCUGCAACGAUGGCAUGAAAAUAUCCUAUGUUACUGGACGCAGAGAAAUGACCAAAACAGUAUUUUUUUUAUAUCUAUUUAUAUAAGCUCUCCGUGGCACUAUCAGAUGUCGUCUGUAAUUGGUUUGCAUUAGAAUAUAACAGUGUGAACGUCUGUAAGAGGUGAUGCUGAACCUUCAGGGUUGAUGCAGGCGCUGAGGAGGGAUUCUCCUCAGAAAGCGUUGCUUCUUUGUCUGCCGACUCCCUGCCUGCUUGCUAUCUGUGCCUCCCUCCCCUCUUGGCUGCCUCCCUCCACCAGCUAGAGUUGGAAUGUGAGCUCCCCUCUAUCCCCUUUCCAAGCUAAAAGUAGUUGUAACCCCCAUCCUGCUUACCAGUGGGGGACUUCUUUCUUUUGAUAACUCCCCUUUUCUGGUGGGUUUGACUGGCUCCUGUAGGGGACCCCCCCACACACACACACACCUGCUUCAUCUUCAAACCUUGCCCAGCUCUCACGUACAGGGGAAUUGCUUUCUUGGCCCUUUCUGCUUGAGGGUCAGGAAGAAACGUGCUAAGAGAGGACGGUACCCAUGAUUGAGAGAAAGGAGAAGAGCACUCCCUCAGACGCCUUAUCCCCUCGUUGCCUCCUGCCCUCUGGGUUGGUGCUUAAUGUCUGUAACUGGAAUCUGAAAUUCUUGUGGAGGGGACUUAGAACCAACCCUGCCUGGUUCUUCCUUCACCAUUGUAUGUUGUCAGCCCCUUGGAUCUCCAGGGGCUUCAGAUAGAACUUUUGGGAGACCAAAGCCAUGUCUUAAAGAGAGAACUUGGGCAACCUGAAGUCACCGUGUGCUUUCUGGCCUUCCCCUGCCUUCAGCUUUGGGCGCCCUGCCCCUGCCCCAUCCCAUCCAUUCCCAAAUAGCCAUCUGGCCCCUGGUUGCCUCCUUGCUGGCUUCUCCCUGUGAAAGUAGGUUGGGAAUCCUUUUUUCUGUCUCUUGUAUCAGGUGUCGUGGCUCCAAAAGCAGCCCUUUCGGGUGGUAAAUUUUCAGUUUUUAAAUUUUUUUUUUCCAAGUGCCAUUUGUAUAACUUAAAUCACAAAUAGCUUCGACUGGAAAAUAAAAAAAAGUUAAAAAAAGAACAAGAACAA